AUGGUCUGCAACUCAGUCUCGUGUAGAGCCGGAAACGACAAGACCUCUUGUCUCGCCAAUACCCGCCAGGCCGCAGCUGGUCCGUUGAAUCCAGAGAUCAAAGUCGUCCCUAUGACCGGAGUAAGAUGCCCAACCUGCACCGCCAACGGACAAGAGAGUUGGGUCAUUCCAGGACGCGCAUGUGGCUAUUGUGGUACCAACUGUUGA